AUGAACAAAAGGUUCAUGGAGAGCCGCGGUUACACAUUCAACAGCAUCCUGGGAGAAGGCACGUUUGGCAAAGUUGGGAGUGCCUACUCAACCUGCCUGAGGACAAGGGUCGCCAUAAAGGUCAUAAACAAAAGAAAGUUGACUCCCAAUUACAGAGAAAAUUUUCUCGCUCGGGAAUUGGAGAUUAUCAGGUCUUUGGACCAUCCCAACAUUGUGAAGACUCUUGACAUCUUUGAAUCGCGAACGAGCAAGGUCUAUGUGGUGAUGGAGUUCUGUGAGAAAGGAGACCUCUUGAAGCAUAUCACUGUCAACGGGGCCUUACCUGAACAUUCAGUCUGUAGGCUUUUCACACAGCUGUGCAAUGGAGUCCAAUAUCUUCACAACAGGGACGUGGCCCACAGAGACCUCAAAUGUGAAAACAUACUGCUGGACAUAAAUUUACACCUCAAAGUGUGUGACUUUGGGUUCAGCAAGAGGCUCACUUAUGCAGAUGGGCGGAUGAUGCUGAGUGAAACCUUCUGUGGCACCUCGUCCUAUGCAUCACCUGAGAUUCUGAAAGGUUUCCCAUACAACCCCAAAGUGUCUGAUGUGUGGAGCAUGGGUGUUGUGCUGUAUAUGAUGCUGCUUGCUUCAAUGCCCUAUGAUUCCACCAACAUUAAGAAGAUGUUGGAUAGCCAAAUUAAGCAUAUUGUGAUCUUCCCCAAUAUUCCAUCUAUUUCGUCUGAGGUGAAGGCCCUUAUCCAAAGCAUUCUGCACCCUGUUGUGGGCCAGCGAAUUACAAUCAACAACAUACUGCAGACUUCCUGGAUGUUGCAGGAAGUGAGAAUGGAGGACAGUGAUAACGCCACCACGUCAAAGGCUGGCUCUGUGGAAGGACCCCGAGAUGGAGAGGCUAACGUGGAAGAUCUUCCAGAAGCCUAUUCUCAACCAGGACAGGGACCAUCAACUGCUGCCCCAAGGCAAUGA